AUGGCACUGUCUAGGCUGCUUCAGCCCAUCUGCUAUGCUGGGCACAGGUUCGCAUGCACCCACCUGGGGCAGGUGCUCAGGGCUGUGCAAAAUGCUAAAGUGUCGAAGGCCCUCACCCUGCGCAACUUGGCUGCGUGGUCCAGCUUGGCAGAUCAGUGGUCGGAGCCCUAUCGGCAGCAUGACGCAGCCGAGUUCUUGCAGCAUGUUCUGAGUUCGGUCGAUUCCGUCCUCGCUCUCAGUCCAUGGGAGGCUUUUCCGGAUGGGGAUGAUGGAUCACUCACGCGUGAUCGGGGCUCUGGCGUUGUCCUCAUUCCCAUGCGUAGACCAGAUCAGCAAUUGCAUCCGGACAUCCAGGCCAGUGUGGACGACUGGCACCAGCAAAGGCACCUUCAUGCGUUUCGCUCAGAUGCCGAGUGGGUUGUACUUCAGCUUGACCGUUUUAAGGGUCGUGGGGUCUUUCAGGUUCGUGACAAUGCCGCGCUGCCCAUUCCGGGUCGCCUAUGCUUGCCAGUGUGCACCUCUCGGCAUGCCGUGCAUCAUCAGAUUUAUCACACCACAGCUGUGGUGUUGCACUAUGGUGCUCAGGUGUCCUCGGGGCACUACCGUGUUUUGCUGAUGGGGCAGGGGUCGGGGAAUGCCGGUGCAAGUGCUGUGCAUUACAUCACAGAUGACGACCGUCAGGCUGUGCGUUGUGGAACAUCCGAGCUUGAAAAUUUGGCGCCCCGAAGCUACUUGCUCUUCAUGCAACGUGCGACGCAGCCUGUCCUGUCGGGUGAUGCGCUCCAUGCCUGA